GAUAAAUACCUACAGCUCUGCUUCCUUCUCCCUCUCCCUCUCUCUUGAUAUUCCUAAUCCUCAACCCACACGCUGAUCCCACCGAGUUUGAGCUGCUGCCAUGGACGUCAAGACUGUCGAGUUUACUCCCUUCCAGGACCAGAAGCCCGGAACUUCUGGUCUCCGAAAGAAGGUCGUCGUUUUCCAGAAGCCGCACUACAGCGAGUCGUUCGUUGCCAGCAUUCUCCUGUCCAUUCCCGAGGGCGCUGAGGGCGCUUCCCUCGUCAUUGGUGGCGAUGGCCGGUUCUGGAACCCCGAGGUCAUCCAGCUGAUUGCCAAGAUCGGUGCUGCCUAUGGUGUCAAGAAGCUUGUGAUCGGCCAGAAUGGAAUUCUUUCCACGCCCGCAGCCAGCCAUGUCAUCCGCAUCCGCAAGGCUACUGGAGGCAUUCUGCUCACUGCCAGCCACAACCCCGGUGGCCCCAAGAACGAUUUCGGUAUCAAGUACAACCUGGCCAACGGUGGCCCUGCUCCCGAAUCCGUCACCAACAAAAUCUUCGAGACCUCCAAGACCUUGACAUCAUACAAGCUCGCCUCGAUCCCCGACAUUGACAUCUCCACCGUUGGCACCAAGACCUAUGGCUCGCUGGAAGUUGAGAUCAUUGACAGCACUGCUGACUACGUCGCUAUGCUCAAGGACAUCUUUGACUUUGACACCAUCAAGAAGUUCUUCUCCUCUCACCCCGACUUCAAGGUCCUCUUUGACGGUCUCCACGGCGUCACUGGGCCCUACGGAACCGCCAUCUUCGAGAAGGAGCUUGGACUGAUUGGCGCCACUCAGAACUGCGUGCCCAGCCCCGACUUCAACGGCGGACACCCCGACCCCAACCUCACCUACGCCCACUCUCUGGUGGAGGUUGUUGACAAGAACGAAAUUCCCUUUGGUGCUGCCUCUGAUGGUGAUGGCGACCGAAACAUGAUUUACGGCGCCAACGCCUUUGUCUCCCCCGGAGACUCUCUCGCCAUUAUUGCCCACCACGCCAAGCUCAUCCCCUACUUCCAGAAGAACGGCGUCAACGGCCUUGCUCGAUCCAUGCCCACGAGCGGUGCCGUCGACCUGGUUGCCAAGGCACAGGGCCUCACCAGCUACGAGGUCCCCACAGGCUGGAAGUUCUUCUGCGCGCUCUUUGACGCCCAGAAGCUGUCCAUCUGCGGCGAGGAGAGUUUCGGCACUGGCAGCGACCACAUCCGUGAGAAGGACGGUCUGUGGGCCAUUGUCGCCUGGUUGAACAUCAUUGCUGCCCUUGGUGUCCAGAACCCUGGUGUCACCCCUUCAAUCAAGCAGAUCCAAAAGGACUUUUGGACUCAGUAUGGACGAACAUUCUUCACCAGAUACGACUACGAGGAUGUCGACUCUGAGGGCGCCAACAAGGUUGUUGGCGAGCUGGAGGCUUUGGUUGCUGACCCCAACUUUGUGGGCAGCAAGAUUGGCGAGCGCACCGUCACCAAGGCCGGCAACUUUUCAUACACUGACCUCGAUGGCUCAGUCUCUUCUAACCAGGGUCUCUAUGCUGGCUUCUCUUCUGGCAGCCGCAUUGUCGUCCGUCUCUCUGGUACUGGCUCCUCUGGCGCCACUAUCCGUCUGUACAUUGAGCAGCACACCAGCGACCCAUCCAAGUAUGAUCUUGACGCCCAAGAUUUCCUCAAGGAUGAAGUCAAGUUUGCUACAGAGCUGCUCAAGUUCAAGGAGCAUAUUGGCCGUGAUGAGCCCGAUGUCAAGACCUAA